CUGGGGCCAUGAGGGAUCCCGGGGCCGUGCGGGAUCCCGGGUCCGUGUGGGACGCCGGGUCCGUGUGGGACGCCGGGUCCGGUGCAGCCGCAGUCCCCGUGGGCGGGCCCCAUCGCGGCCCCGCCCUGCGCAGCGUGGCCAUGGCGGCGGCGGCGGCGGCGGCGGCGGCGGCGCGCGGGGCCGUGGCGGCGAUCCUGCGGCGCUGGGCCUCCCGCGCCCUCCCGCUCUGCGGCCCCUCCGCCCGGUGCGUCGGGCACGGGCCGGCCCCGGUCCCGGUCCCGGUCCCGGUCGCGGCCCUGCUCUGGACCCCGCGGCUGCUCGGCGAGAACCGGACCCCCUCGGUGCUCAGCAGAGUCACACCUCUACUUCCAAGUUUACUCCAGCAGCCAGCAAGGACCCUCACCUAUUGCAGCUUACGGAAAGGAAAGAGGAAAAGUGUGAAAUCUGUGGUCAAAAGGUUCCUCCGGUUGCACAAUGGCCUCUGGGUUAGGAGAAAGUCUGGUUAUAAGAAGAAGCUGUGGAAGAAGUCAGCUGCCAGGAGGAAGCGUUUGAGGGAGUUUGUGUUGUGCACGAGGACACAGUGUAAACUCCUGGAUAAAAUGACCACUUCCUUCUGGAAAAGGAGGAACUGGUACAUUGAUGACCCCUACCAGAAGUACCACGACCGCACAAAUCUUCGUGUGUAGAAAUCUUGGGUUUGCACAUCUCUAGAAAAGGGAGAGUGGUUGUGUGGCACGGUCUGAAUUUUGGAACAUAAAUCUGCAAUGCCUGUACUUUUUAAAAAUAAACAUGUGAAUAUCAUCUGAGCAGAAUUAUGGGAAUCAAUGCCCAAAAUAAAGGAAUACUCAAGAUCA